GAAGAAGAGGAGGAGGAGGAAGAGGAAGAAGAAGAGGAGGAUGAAGAGGAGGAGGAGAUGGCUCCUGAAGUGAUCUGUGAAGAAGCUCCUCACACUUCUCAGGACACCCAGAAAAGCCACUGUGAAGGACAGUUCAGCCCGAAGCCCGAGUACUCGGUUAUUGUGGAGGUCCGGUCGGAUGAUGACAAAGACGAUGAUGCCCGCUCCCAGAAAUCAGCAGUGACUGAUGAGUCAGAGAUGUAUGACAUGAUGACGAGGGGGAACCUGGGUCUGCUGGAACAAGCCAUCGCGCUGAAGGCUGAGCAGGUGAAAAUCGUGCGGGAGCCCAGCCGGCUGCCAGGAGACCACGUCAAGCACUUCCAAGUGGACGAGAAACAGAGCAAACCACUGGACAGCAUCCGAAAGAGCUACUACGGCAAAGAUCCUUCAAGACCCGAGAAGCGAGAAAUCAAAUGUCCGACUCCUGGCUGCGACGGGACCGGCCACGUCACGGGACUCUACCCCCACCAUCGCAGCCUCUCUGGUUGUCCACACAAAGACAGGAUCCCUCCCGAGAUCUUGGCCAUGCACGAGAACGUGUUGAAAUGCCCCACGCCAGGCUGCACAGGACAGGGCCACGUCAACAGCAACCGCAACACGCACAGGAGUUUAUCUGGGUGCCCCAUUGCUGCUGCUGAAAAAUUAGCCAAAUCGCAUGAAAAGCAACAAACCCAGUCUGGUGAUCCUUCGAAGACCAGCUCCAAUUCUGACCGGAUACUCAGGCCUAUGUGCUUUGUGAAGCAACUGGAGAUCCCUCAGUAUGGAAGCUACCGGCCCAACAUGGUCCCAGCAACCCCUCGGGCCAACCUGGCCAAGGAGCUGGAGAAGUACUCCAAGGUCACCUUCGAUUAUGCAAGUUUUGAUGCUCAGGUUUUUGGCAAACGCAUGCUUGCCCCAAAGAUUCAGACUAGCGAAACCUCACCUAAAGCCUUUAAAUCCAAACCUUUUCCAAAGGCCUCUUCCCCCAGCCACAGCCCCUCCAGCAGUUACGUGAAGAGCACUUCAUCUUCCUCCACAGGCUUCGACUACUCCCACGAUGCCGAGGCUGCGCACAUGGCUGCCACUGCCAUCCUCAACCUCUCCACCCGCUGCUGGGAAAUGCCGGAGAAUCUCAGCACCAAGCAGCAAGAGGCCCCCGGCAAGUCCAUGGACAUUGAGGUGGACGAAAAUGGGACUCUGGACUUGAGUAUGAACAAGCACCGCAAACGGGAGAGCACCUUUCCCAGCAGCAGCAGCUGCAGCAGUAGUCCCAGCAUGAAGUCCCCAGACGUGUCCCAGCGCCAAAACAGCACCAGUGCCACAAGCAGCACCAUGACCUCCCCCCAGUCCAGCCAGACCUCCCGCCAGGAUGAAUGGGAUGGGCCCAUUGACUACACUAAACCAAACCGUCAGCGGGAAGAGGAGCCAGAAGAGUCAGAGCCUGCCGCCCACUCUUUUGCCUCCUCGGAAGCUGAUGAGCAAGAAGUGUCGGAGGAAAACUUUGAAGAACGAAAAUACCCAGGGGAAGUUACUUUAACAAACUUCAAGCUUAAAUUCCUCUCCAAGGACAUCAAGAAAGAGCUGCUCACUUGUCCAACCCCAGGCUGUGACGGCAGCGGACACAUAACAGGAAACUAUGCCUCUCACCGCAGCCUUUCUGGUUGUCCUCUUGCUGACAAGAGCCUCAGAAACCUCAUGGCUGCCCACUCUGCUGACCUCAAGUGCCCUACUCCUGGUUGUGAUGGCUCUGGUCACAUAACAGGAAAUUAUGCAUCGCAUAGAAGUCUGUCAGGCUGCCCUCGUGCCAAGAAAAGUGGGAUCAAGAUCACCCCGACAAAGGAUGAUAAAGAAGACCCAGAGCUGAUGAAGUGUCCAGUUCCUGGCUGCGUUGGGCUCGGACACAUCAGCGGCAAAUACGCCUCUCACCGGAGCGCGUCGGGGUGCCCUCUCGCAGCGCGCAGGCAGAAGGAGGGAUCGCUCAAUGGCUCCUCGUUUUCCUGGAAGUCAUUGAAGAAUGAAGGCCCUACCUGCCCUACCCCGGGCUGCGACGGCUCCGGCCACGCCAAUGGAAGCUUCCUCACUCACAGAAGUUUGUCAGGGUGUCCAAGAGCUACUUUUGCUGGGAAGAAAGGAAAACUCUCAGGGGAUGAAAUUCUCAACACAAAGUUCAAGACCAGCGAUGUUCUGGAGAACGACGAAGAGAUCAAGCAGCUGAACAAGGAGAUCAGUGAGCUGAACGAGUCCAACUCGGAGAUGGAAGCAGCCAUGGUGAAACUGCAGUCGCAGAUCUCCACCAUGGAGAAGAACCUGAAGAACAUUGAGGAGGAAAAUAAAAUCAUAGAGGAGCAAAACGAAGCCCUGUUCCUGGAGCUCUCAGGGUUGAGCCAGGCUCUAAUCCAAAGUCUUGCCAAUAUCCGCCUUCCGCACAUGGAGCCAAUUAGUGAGCAGAACUUUGAUGCGUACGUGAACACGCUGACCGACAUGUACACCAACCAGGAGUGCUACCAGAACCCGGAGAACAAGGACCUGCUGGAGAGCAUCAAGCAAGCCGUCAAGGGCAUCCAGGUCUAGUGCCGCGGGAUGGAGAUGAGCAAGCGAACGGACUGUAAGAUGGAACUUUCCCUCCAAGUAUUCAGGUUUACAAGUUAGAAAACUUGUUUAAUGAAUGAAAAAAAAAAAAAAA